UUUCAACUCCAAUCCCGAUAUGGAAGAACAGCAAGAGAACAACCCCAUUGAUGAAUGCUCCAGGUCGGAGAUCACCAAAUUACCAGAUGAAAUUCUUGCGGAUAUUCUCUCAAUCUACCCCUUGGAUUCUGGAUCAAAAUUUGUAGCUCUCGUCACAGGUUUGUGUAACAGAACUUGCAUCAAGUAUGGAGGACCAGCAGUCCAAGUUCAAGAUUUUGAAUCCGAAGUCAGAAAACUUUUCCUUAUGUUUGAUGAAAAUAAUCCUCUGAAAAGUCCCAGAAAGCUUGAAUUCCAUUUCAAUCGAGGGUUGAUCACGGCAUCCAUCGGGUUGAAAAAAAAACUCCAUCUUGAUUUCUCCAAAGGAAAUCGAGAUUACCCAAGGCAGUUUGGAUGGGGGAUUGUGCUCAACACCAUGGAUUUCGCCCAAUUUUCCCCAAAUCUUUUCUCUGUGAAAACCCUGAAAUUAACUUCGGUUAACUAUUUAACUUGUGAAUUGGUAUCCAAUUUGAUAAACAAGUUUCGGUAUGUUGAGUGUUUGAUCAUUGACAAGUGUGAUGGAUUGAGGUCUCUGAGAGUUGAAGGUCUUGCKAAGCUUACKWCCCUCAUUGUUCGAGAUUGUUAUGAUCUUAAGUCGGUGUUUGUGGAGUCGUUGGAGCUCAAAKCUCUUCGAUAUMGCGGSCSUUUAUGCUGGUUUUCGUUCAAGAAUGUAAUGUAUUUGAAAGACGUGAUCUUGGAUUGUGAAGGUCCAGGGUUCAAACACUUGAACCACCAGCUCUAUGAUCCGCUUUUACGAGCUAUUCGAGAUGUCAAGGUGCUUACACUCCGUGGAUGGAUGUUUAAGGAAGUAUUUGGACCAUGGCUGUUUUCAGAGGAACAUGAGGAACAUUUCAGAUUCAGCAGACUUGAGGACUUGUGGUGGAUUGAUAGCUGUAUGGAUGAUCAUAACAUCAACUGGUUGUUUUGUUUCUUGAAGUUUUGCACUUCCCUUAAGAGGUUGUUCAUAACUAUUGACCCUCGAAGCCGCUCYGCCGGUGAUCAWCAGRGCUCYARCAGGGUCGAAAAUGGGAGAUUACGCAAGCUUAAAGUGGUGAAACUGGAAGGAUUGAAGAAGGAAGAAGACAUCAUGUUGUUUAAGGAGCGUUUGAUGGARGUUUUCGGUGCUGAACCUCAAGUUGUAGACGUGAGGCAGGGGAUGCACGAAAGGUGUUUGAUAAGAAUCCCGAAACGCCAGGCGAUUGGUAAACCAACAGGAUCGGAYAAGUUGAAGUUCUGUUACAAGUUUGUGGAAGAAGUUUUCGGUAACAGAGGUUUGUGUUCCAAGCAUCCUCACAUGGUGUAAUAACGCAUCUUCGACACGUUUUCGAAUAAUUUUGUGCAUGUAACGAUGGAUUUUGUCGGUUUGUAGCACGAGAGCAUAACGGCCGAUCAAAAAGGUUCGAAAUUUUGUUAUAUGCUUAUUGAUACAUUCCUAGAACUUACUAUGUUUGAUGC